GAGGCAUUUUGACAAGCAGUUAACAUGCUUCUCCUCUGGUCGUCCUCUCAUUCCCCUCCUUACCGAGGAAUUUCUACCCCUCUCUCCAAAUCCCACGACUCAUGGACGACGUCUACUCUUCCUCCAGGCAACCGGCGCCGCCACCCGCUCUCCCUGGUCCGCCUCUCUGGGCCGGCGGAUGCCCAUGGAGGCAGACGGAUGGAGGACGAAGAGGGGAUGCCCCAAUCGCUGUUCGUGGAGCGAUACCAAGACGGCACUGCAAAGCGGUACAUUUUGGAUCAUGACUCACAAACAGUAACAUUUUGUGAUGAAUAUACAUCCUUGACCACUAGAGAUCAAGAACAAGAAAACUUUUUGCAGUUUUCUUUGGUACCAAGUGCUUUAAAGGAUUUUAUAUUGCCAACAGGAUAUCCGGGUUCAGUUUCAGAUGAUUAUCUAGACUACAUGCUAUGGCAAUUUCCUACCAAUAUAACAGGAUGGAUCUGUCAUGCAUUGGUUACUUCAAGUUUGUUGAAGGCUGUUGGUUUAGGCUCUUUUUCAGGAGCUCCUAUUGCUGCUUCUGCUGCUGCAAUAAGAUGGGUGUCAAAAGAUGGUCUAGGAGCUAUUGGACGACUUUUUAUUGGUGGACGCUUGGGGAAUAUUUUUGAUGACGAUCCAAAGCGGUGGCGGAUGUAUGCAGAUUUCAUUGGAAGUGCUGGAAGCAUUUUUGAGUUAAGCACACAACUAUGUCCUGCUUAUUUUCUCCCCCUUGCAGCUUCAGGCAACCUUGCUAAGGCUGUAGCAAGAGGGCUGAAAGAUCCGUCAUUUCGUGUAAUCCAAAAUCAUUUCGCUAUCUCUGCUAAUCUCGGAGAGGUUGCAGCCAAGGAGGAAGUUUGGGAAGUAGCAGCUCAGCUUAUUGGACUUGCAAUUGGUAUACUGAUCCUGGAAAUGCCUGGGAUACAAACAUCAUUCUUCAUGCUGAUUUUGACAUGGUUGAGCAUUCGGCUUCUUCACCUUUGUCUACGCUUUCAAUCACUCUCUGUACUGAAGUUUCAGACAAUAAAUUUGAAACGAGCUCGGAUGCUUGUAAGAUCACAUGUUCUAAACCAUAUAGUUCCUGGGUAUGCUGCUUGCAACAAGGAAGAGAAUUUUCUAUCAUGGGAAAGAUUCUUGCAGCCUAAAAUUAUUUUCGGCGUGUCCAUGCAGAGAAUGAUUGGCAAAGAUUGCUCCAGUCAUAUGGUGAGGGCGCUUCUGAAGUUAUACUCAAAAGAGCAUUACGUUCUGUAUAUGCAACAACAAGAAGCAGGGGAACACACCUUCUUAAUCACAUUCAAGGUUGGAGCUACUCGCCUAUUGGUCUUGAGAAGUCUAUGGCAGGUAUAUUGGCUCCACAAGCAUCAAGAUAAAACUUCAAAUCAUAUCUUCUCCUUGCUUGAAGAGAGCCUCUUGGAACUGGAAGACGGAUUUACUGACUUCCUCGGGCAGUUGAAAGAAGCUGGAUGGAAUGAGAAUCAAAUCACUCUCAAGGUUCCAGAAGAACUCCUUUUCGAUGAAUCAGAAUGCCUCAAACUUUCCUCAUCAUAAGUAGAUCUGUCCUAAAUCUUUUUCAGUUGAUACGAGGACAGACAUACUUUUGCAUUUCUAGCAUAUGAUGAAAGAAUCAAGCGACAUUCAAACACCAAUGAAUAUAUCAAGAUCAAAGAAAGUAUUAAAGAGAUUCAAGGCACCAACAAUUAUAUCACCAUCAGAUUCUGGAAUGAGACAUGACUUUAUUCUCUAAAAUCAUUUGAAGGCAAUAGAGAGAUAACAUGAUGAGUUAUGGAGUUUUUGAUGCCUUUGUGAGAUAUUAGCAAGAAAUACUGCUUGAUAGGGAACUUUAGGUGAGUUAGGUGGAACCCUUUUCUGUGUUGUUGAAGAAGCUAAAUCCUUUGUUUAAGCAAUGUGAUGAUAGAGAGAUUAAUGAUUAAAAUAUUAUCAAAA